UGUUGCGAGUCACGUGAUACGAGUAACAUGGCCGCUGCCCCUUGAGAGCCGCAGGUGCCGGGUGGGAGCGGGUCUCGUGAGCAGGUGGGUGGCUGGGAGCAGGUGUGUAGGAACGGAGUGCAGACCCUAGUUGCGAGGCGGGGCGCGGUGCGGGAGCGAAACAUGCCGGCCUGAGGCGGCGUGGUCCAUGAGCCGACGCCGGAGGCAGCGCGGAGCCACAGACUCCUCUAGCCCCGGCGCGGCCCCGGCAGCCACCGGCUGAGGAAUCCCGGCGCUCCCGGGAGCGCCCGAGCUGCCACCAUGAACCCGGAGAAGGACUUCGCGCCGCUCACGCCUAACAUCGUUCGGGCCCUCAAUGACAAGCUGUACGAAAAGCGGAAGGUGGCAGCGCUGGAGAUCGAGAAGCUGGUCCGGGAGUUCGUGGCCCAAAACAACACCGUGCAAAUCAAACAUGUGAUCCAGACCCUGUCUCAGGAGUUUGCCCUGUCUCAGCACCCCCACAGCAGGAAAGGGGGCCUCAUCGGCCUGGCCGCCUGCUCCAUCGCACUGGGCAAGACCACAGAGAUGUAG